AUGCUGUCAAUUAGAUCUGCUGGAUGUCUUAUUAUUGGAGAUGAAGUAUUGAAUGGUAAAAUAUUGGAUACUAAUUCUCAUUAUUUUGCUAAGAAUUGUUUCAAUAAAUUAAAAAUCCCAUUAAAGAAGACCAUUGUUUGUGGGGAUGACAGAAAUGAUAUAAUUGAAAGUCUCAAGAUUUUAACUAAUGAUUGUGAUUUCGUCAUAACUAGUGGUGGUAUAGGUCCAACUCAUGACGAUAUAACUUACGAAUCAAUAGCAGAGUUUUAUAAACUUCCUGUGAAAAUCCAUGAACCAACAGUUGAAAGAAUGGAACUGUUGAGAAAAGACUACCUACAGAACUUACAACAAAACAAAAAAGAUGCAUUCCUUAGAAUGGCCACGUUUCCUUAUGAUGUUAAUGAUAAAAUUAAAGUAGAUUAUUUAUACACUGACCCUAAAUUAUGGGUUCCUGUGGUCGGGUUGAACCAACAAGUUUAUAUACUUCCUGGUGUUCCGCAAUUAUUUCAACAACUAGUUGAUAGUCUUGGAGAUCUUCUCUCUCAAAGAAUUGAAGGUACUUCAUUAAGAAGAUAUUAUGUGAAGACAACUACCAAGGAAAGUGAUUUGGCACCUUUCCUUUCAUCUUUGCAACAUAAAUGUGAUGAAGAGUUUGGAGGAAACGUCGUUAAAUUGGGAAGUUAUCCUCACUUCAGUUGGAAAAUUAAUACUAUAAGUAUCAUAGGUAAUGAAAAAGUUAAUGAUGAAAAGUUAAGAGAUAUAGUUGAGCAAGUUCUUAAGAAUAUUGGUGGGGAAGCUAAAGAAAUCUCCAUUGAGGAAGAAGAAAAAUUGACUACUACAGAUCCGUAA